AUGUUAAGAAGUUACACAGUUUUUUUAAUUUACAUCACUGUUGUUUCUGCGGUGUCGUGGGGAGAUCUUUUGAAUGUGGGAUCUAGUGGCAGUGGGGGAUCGAGCGGCGAUGGCGGAUAUGGUUAUAAUGCAGGACCACCAUGCAACGAUUGUAGCUGUAUGGCUUGUGACCCGGGCCAAGAAUGCUAUAUGGAGCCUGGCAGCACCUUUGCCAAACCAAUAUGUCACUUGAAGUGUGGCCCGAACGAAGCGCUAAGUAUGUGUGAAGAUACCUGUGUAACAAAAGACAAGCCUAUACAACGACUAUGUCCAAAUGAAAACAUUUGUGCUUGUAAAGAGGGCUACGUGCGUGACAAACAGACUCGCCAAUGCAUUCCGUCAGGCCAAUGUAGCUCAACAACGACACACAAGCCAACAGGCUCGACUACAUGGUUGAUUGGAUCAACUGGAACCAGAACAACUGAAACAGGCACAAGCACUCCCGGAACUACAACAAAAGCACGCACUCCUGGAACUCCUGGAACUCCAACAACGGCACGCAAUGCUCGAACUUCCGAAACUCCAACAACUGCCACGCCGACAUGUAGCGAGAACGAGAUGCUGAAACGAUGCAGUGGCUGUGAGGCGACGUGCGCUUUCCCGGACGGGCGUCCGAAUUGCGUCCCGAAUUGUCAACAAGCGAAAUGCGAAUGCAAGCCGGGCUUCGUUCGGUGCCCGAUCAGUGGGCGAUGCAUUUGCGCGUCACUGUGUCCGAAGAACUCAUGCCCGCCGAACGAGGAUUGGAACAGUUGUCCGACGUGUGAGGCCACUUGCACUAACUUGAAUCCGAUCUGCCCAAUGGUGUGCAAGACGCCGGCUUGUCAAUGUUGCAAGGGCUACGUUCGGUGCCCGAUUUCCGGUCGCUGUGUCACCCCGGCAUCAUGUCCCAAAAUCAACCCAUUAACCCACCCGAAAGUGCGAGUGGCGGCUCAAAUAAUGCCAAGAAUGGUUCAAGUCCAACAACCAGUCUCCCAGAAGCAACCUGCUGCUCUAAAGAAAUCUAUCCCGAAAUUCGUGGUUCAACGACAAGCCCCAGUUGGU